AUGGGCCCCUGUACCGCCUCCUCAUGCUGCUGCCAGGCCCGUAAUCUGCCAUGGGCCCCAGCCGACUCCGCCUGCCCUCAUGCUGCAUGCCAGGCCUCCCAGAGUCUCUCAUGGGUCCCUGUACGGCCUCCAUUGCUGCUGUCUCCAUACGCCACACUCUGCCAUGUGCCACUUUCAGGUCUCCUCACAUCUGCUGGUGGGUUCCAUUUUUUUUCAUUAGGGUGCUGGCAGAUUACGGGCCCCCAUUGCUGCUGCCAGGUCCCCGUAAUCUGCCAUGGGCCCCCUAUAUACCGCCUCCUCAUGCUGCUGCCAAGUCCAGAGUCUCUCAUGGGUCCCUGUACGGCCUCCCAUUGCUGCUGUCUCCAUCGCCCACACUCUGCCAUGUGCCACUUUCAGGUCUUCCUCACACUGCUGGUGGUUCCAUUUUGUCAUAGGGUGCUGUAUGGCCUCCCAUUGCUGCUGCCUCCACCGCCA